GAGGAUUGCGUGCUUUGGCAGCUCGACCGCGACACCUUCAACCACAUUGUGAAGGAGGCAGCUGAAAAGAAGCGCCAGCGCUACGACGCCUUCCUCAGCAAGGUGCCGCUGCUCUCAUCCAUGGAUGCUUAUGAGCGCUCCCAGCUUUCUGAUGCCCUGAAGGUGGAGACAUUUGAGCAGGGCCAGAAGGUUAUUGAGGAGGGUGCAGCUGGCGACAAGUUCUACAUUAUCGAGGAAGGGCUCUGCGUCGCGACCAAGGGUGACACAGAGGUUAUGAGCUAUGCGGCCGGGGAUUACUUUGGCGAGCUGGCGCUAAUCAACAACAAGCCGCGCGCUGCAACGGUCACGGCCAAGGGCGAU